AUUCUCUCAACUACUUCUCUACUACCUUGUGAAGCAAUUAAUGGCUCAUUUUGUUUUGUUUGUUUUGCUGUUUGCUGGGCAAGUGAUUGGUGGAUUCAGUACCCAAAGGCUCCCUCCAUCAAACAAUGGAAACCUGAUAACUAUUCUGAGCGUUGAUGGAGGUGGCAUCAAGGGGAUUAUUCCAGCAACAGUUCUUAUACACUUAGAUAAGGCUCUCAAGGCUAAGGAUCCAAAUGCAGAUUUAGCACAUUACUUUGAUGUGAUAGGAGGAACCAGCACUGGUGGACUCAUAACAGCUAUGUUAGCCGCACCAAGCCCUGAUGAUCCUACUCGUGGUGCCUUUACUCCUGCAAAAAUUGUUGAGUUCUACAAAAAAAAUGGCCCUCAUAUAUUCAAUGAAUCUAGACCUGGAAACGGUCCCCAAUUCGACGGGGAGUUUUUACACAACAUAACUCGUGAACUGUUGAAGGAUACACGACUUAGUCAAACAUUGACCAAUGUUGUCAUCCCAAGUUUCGACAUGAAGACACAAAAACCGGUUAUAUUCUCAAACUACAAGCUUGAGAAUGCUCCGUACUUAAAUGCAUUGUUGUCGGAUAUAGGUAUAUCCACUUCAGCUGCACCCACUGUUCUACCACCUUACUAUUUUGUGAACGAUGGUGUUGAGUUCAAUAUGAUUGAUGGUGCUGUAGCAGCUGGGAAUCCGACACGAGUAACAGUGAGCGAGGUACUGCAACAAAAUGAGGAUUCCGAAAUCUUAGUGUUAUCUUUGGGAACUGGAACAGUUAAUUCGUCAGACAUUUCUGGAAUAGAUUUAAUUAAUGCUGCUUCUGCAGCCAUGACUGAAUACUACCUUGCCUCACUCUUUGUAGGCUUCAAAGUUGGCAAAACGUACCUUCGAAUUGAGGAAUACAACUUGAAUCCUGAUUCCAACAACAUGGUUAAUGUUACAAAAGAAAACUUGGACGCCCUUGAGGAGAUCGGGAAAAAACUUUUAAAAAAAAAUGUUGUAAAGUUGAAUUUGGAUACUUUUGACCUAGAACAUCUUGGGGAAACAAAUGCUCAGGCUCUUGACAGGAUUGCUGAUAUUUUGCAUGGAGAAAGACAACGUCGUCUGAAACGGAAAUCUAUGGAGAAAAGAGGAAGACCAUUUGUUGAAACUCUUAGGGUUCUUUCUGACAAAACUCAAGCAAGUGCGGCAAUUCUAAGAAACCUUUUAAUUUAAUGUCAAUUGUAUGGCCUUGUAUUAACUCUCUUCUGUCCUUUACUCACGCAUGUUGUACUAUCUAGAAUAAGCAAAACAUGUGAGUUCUAUGUAACUGUUAUAGCUACCAACUAUCUCUGUAUAAGAAAAGGUUCACUCCAUGAGAGUUCUAUGCAACUCUUACUGAAAGAACCGUGAAUGUAAUAAGCAUCAAUGUAUAAUAUUGUGUUCAACGUAUGUGAGUUCUUUGUUUCUU